CCGGCCGGCGGUGGCCUGGAGGAGGCGGAGACCGAGAGGACUCCAGGUCCGCUGUGGGGAUGAUUCACGAGCUGCUCUUGGCUCUGAGCGGGUACCCAGGCUCUAUUUUCACCUGGAACAAGCGCAGCGGCCUGCAGGUGUCCCAGGACUUCCCAUUUCUCCACCCCAGUGAGACCAGUGUCCUGAAUCGACUUUGCCGUCUUGGCACAGACUACAUUCGCUUCACUGAAUUCAUUGAACAGUACACAGGCCAUGUGCAGCAACAGGUGGGAUCCUAUUUUCUGGAUAUAUGCUUCUGGAGAGCAAGAAUACUACCAGGCUUUCAGUGAAUCCAUUGGUGAUUCAUGUGAAGAUCACUAUCCAUCUCAACAGGGCCAGAGUGGGCUACAUGGGAUCUACCUGAGGGCUUUCUGCACAGGGCUGGAUUCAGUUUUGCAGCCUUAUCGCCAGGCAUUGCUUGAUUUGGAACAAGAGUUCCUGGCUGACCCUCACCUGUCUAUAUCACAUGUCAAUUACUCCUUAGAUCAGUUCCAGCUCCUUUUCCCUUCUGUGAUGGUUGUAGUAGAGCAAGUUAAAAGUCAGAAGAUUCAUGGUUGUCAAAUCCUGGAAACAGUCUACAAACAUAGCUGUGGGGGUUUGCCUCCAGUUCGCAGUGCAUUAGAAAAAAUCCUGGCUGUGUGUCAUGGGGUCAUGUAUAAACAGCUCUCAGCUUGGAUGCUGCAUGGACUCCUCUUGGACCAACAUGAAGAGUUCUUUAUUAAACAGGGUCCAUCUUCUGGUAAUGUCAGUGCCCAAUCAGAAGAGGAUGAGGAGGAUCUGGGAAUUGGGGGACUGACAGGAAAACAACUGAGGGAACUCCAGGAUUUGCGCCUGAUUGAGGAAGAGAACAUGCUGGCUCCAUCUCUGAAGCAGUUUUCUCUGCGGGUAGAGAUUUUGCCAUCCUAUAUUCCAGUAAGAGUUGCUGAAAAAAUCCUCUUUGUUGGAGAAUCUGUCCAAAUGUUUGAGACUCAAAAUGUGAACCUGACUAGAAAAGGGUCCAUUUUGAAGAACCAGGAGGACACUUUUGCUGCUGAAUUGCAUCGACUUAAGCAGCAGCCACUCUUCAGCUUGGUGGAUUUUGAGCAAGUGGUGGAUCGAAUUCGUAGUACUGUGGCUGAGCAUCUCUGGAAGCUGAUGGUAGAAGAGUCAGAUUUACUGGGGCAGCUGAAGAUCAUUAAAGACUUUUACCUACUGGGACGAGGAGAACUGUUCCAGGCCUUCAUUGACACAGCUCAACACAUGUUAAAGACACCGCCCACUGCAGUAACAGAGCACGAUGUGAAUGUGGCCUUUCAGCAGUCAGCACACAAGGUAUUGCUGGAUGAUGACAACCUUCUCCCUCUGUUACAUUUGACAAUUGAGUAUCAUGGAAAAGAACACAAAGCAGAUGCUACUCAGUCAAGAGAAGGCCCUUCUCGGGAAACUUCCCCCCGGGAAUCUCCUGCUUCGGGCUGGGCUGCCCUAGGUCUAUCCUACAAAGUACAGUGGCCUCUACAUAUUCUCUUCACCCCAGCUGUCUUGGAAAAGUACAAUGUGGUUUUUAAGUACUUACUGAGCGUGCGCCGUGUCCAAGCUGAACUGCAGCACUGCUGGGCCCUACAGAUGCAGCGCAAGCACCUCAAGUCCAACCAGACUGAUGCCGUCAAGUGGCGCCUAAGAAAUCACAUGGCAUUCCUGGUAGAUAAUCUUCAGUACUAUCUUCAGGUAGAUGUGCUGGAAUCUCAGUUCUCACAGCUGCUUCAUCAGAUCAAUUCUACUCGAGACUUUGAAAGCAUCCAAAUGGCCCACGACCACUUCCUUAGCAACUUGCUGGCUCAGUCCUUUAUCUUGCUGAAACCUGUGUUUCACUGCCUGAAUGAAAUCCUAGAUCUCUGUCACAGUUUUUGUUCACUGGUCAGUCAGAAUUUGGGCCCACUAGAUGAGCGUGGAGCUGCCCAGCUGAGCAUUCUUGUGAAGGGCUUUAGUUGCCAGUCUUCACUCCUGUUCAAGAUUCUCUCCAGCGUUCGGAAUCAUCAGAUCAACUCAGAUUUGGCCCAACUACUGCUUCGACUAGAUUAUAACAAAUACUAUACCCAGGCUGGUGGAACUCUGGGCAGUUUCGGGAUAUGAAAAGUCCGGUUUAUAAAUGAAAUAACAGCCAAUCCUACCAUGUUCUCGAGUCUAACAGAAGAUUUAGAACAAACCUCCCAUUCUUUGCCACUCACCAGAUGUCUGCAGCCUGGUGAGAAGGCUCUACCUUUCCUCAUGGAAGCAGUCCGGGGAGACAGUUCCUUCCCAUCAAUCCCAUGAGGAAGGUCACUGUUAGGGGAACUGUGGAGUCAGGUAUCCCUCUGCUGGGCACACAAGUGCUGAAUCCUUUACACGAAGACGUCUGUUGGGUGUCUGCUUAUGCAACAGUGAUCUACUGAGCAUUUGUUACACACCUAUGUACUGUUCAAAGUAAAGGAGAUACAGCAGGAAGCAAGCAACAGGAAUCAGAAAAUUAAAUGUUUAGGUUUGGUUCGUAUGUAGAAAAAGAAUAAAUAAAAAUAAAAUAGUAAGUAAGUCAGCUUUACAGUUACUUUGUAAGAGGCUACAAACUUUCUCUAAACCAAGUAAUUUAUACCUACACAGAUUAUCUUUCCUGCUUUAGACAUUUAUGAUUAGGAGCCUCCCACCCUUGGAUCGUCCAAACUGAAUAUGAAGAAUUUUGCCAGUAAAUUCUAAUUAUUUCAGACUAAUAAAAGAUCAAUUCUAGCUAAUGACAAUGGAGAUUAACAACUUAGACUGUGGAUAUGAAAACUGCAGGCCCAAUUUUCCCACCUUAGACAAACCACAGGACUUAUGAUUCUCCUCAGGUUGCACGGCCACCACUGGUCAUCAUUAAUGUUCAUCAUUGAGAACCAAGUGAACACUCACUCAAAGCUGGAAAAGAGCAGUAUUCUUUCUGGCUUUCAUCUACAUUUUCUACCCCUCCUCCCAAAACCAUGAUACCCUAGUCUCCCGAAGUUGUCAACUAGAGAUGAUCCUUUCCAUUGUUACAUCUAGAGCAGGAGUUGUUAACCAUGCAGCAGGCUAUGCAUGGUUCUGUAAAGCUAAUUUUAUUGAAACAUAGCCACAAUUCAUAUGUUACCUAUUGUCUGUGGUUGCUUUCAUCUCACAGCAAAAGGUGAAUAGGUGUAACACCAAAUGCCUAUAAAGCCUAAAUAUUAACUGUUUGGCUUUUCAUAGGAAAAAAAAAAGUUAACCUCUGCUUAGAGAAUGAAGGACAUUCAUUAUAAGAGGGAUGAUGCUAAGGGUAGAGAAGAAAUAGCUUCUAGCAGUAUUAAGACCACAUCUUACAGAAAGUCAUCCCAUCAAUUUAAAGUUACUGUUCUUUCCUAGCAGUUGUUCCUUUUCCCUUUCAGCUCUGAGUAUAGGCAUACUAUAGGUCAGCUAUUAGUGAGUUCAGCUCUAAAGAGAAAGAUCCCUCUUGCUAAUGAUCUAGAAACUCACAGCUGUUCUCAGUUCCAUUCAACUUUUUGCACCACUAUCAAUCUAGCCCCUCACCUGAUUUAAAAGUGAGUUGUGGAAGCACAGCAUUUAGACAGCCUGAUAACCUCAUGACAGUGAUGCAAUAGAAUCAAAUUAAUUCCUAAAUUUAUUUUCCUUUGCUAUCUGUACUCCUAACUAAUGAGCCUGUUUAAAACCUCAGAGAAGGUACUAUGUAUAUCAUUUUUUUCUGAGAUUAAGCUCAAAGAAACAUGAAGAAAUCCCAGUUACUACAACCAAAGAGAUUCAACAUUUAUUUUAUCAUAAAAGUCCAGCAAAUAAAACUAUGUACAAGAUCCAUGCAAAGAAUCCAAUUACACACAAGACACAUUUAAAACCUGAUUAAAACACAAUCUUCACAAUAGCAGGAAUAAAACCAGUAAGACCAAGUA